AUGGAUGCAGAAGAGAGUGAUUACACUGAUGAUGACGAUCAGUUUUCAAUUGAUUUUAACGAAAGUCAAACAAUAGAUGACGAUAAAAACCUGUCUGUCAGUAAAAACUAUCCCUUCAUCGAAGAAUUUGAAAUCAACCUGAUUGAAAAAACUGAACGAUUGCAAAUACGAAAAAUACUCGGAAGCGGGUCAUUUGGCAGCGUGUACCUGGCUUCCUGCCUCUCUAACUACAAAAAUGUUGCCGUGAAGAUAGAGUUGUUAGGAAGAAAUUGUGAAAUAUUUCGCGAACAUUACUGUUACAAAGUAUUACAAGGCGUUAAGGGAAUACCGAAGGUCUAUUGGUCUGGUUGCAUCGGUCUGUCUCGAGUCCUAAUUAUAGACCUGUUAGGGCCGAGCCUGUGCGACCUGCACACCAAAUGCAAUCGCAGGUUUUCGUUGAAGACCACACUAAUGUUGAUAGACCAGUUGCUCGAAACUAUAGAAAGUGUUCACGAUUGUCUCAUAAUACAUCGAGACAUAAAACCAUCAAACUGCGUGAUGGGACUCAACCAAAAUCGAUCCAAGUUAUACAUCAUUGAUUUUGGGAUUGCAAUAGAUUGCCACGAAUCGGCAUACGAACAAAUGAACGGUCAAAACUCAUUUUGUGGUACUUUACAAUUCAGCAGUAGAAACGCACUGCAAUGUAAACCACAGAGUCAGAGAGAUGACUUAGAAUCGAUCGGUUAUACGAUGUUGUACCUAAUGAACCAGACACUUCCCUGGUCAGACUAUUCAGAUAUCGAAACAAUUCUAGACAGCAAACUCAACACAUCCGUCGAAGAAAUGUGCUGCGGCCUCCCAAAUGAAUUCUCACAAUACUUCAAUUAUUGCUACUUGCUUAACUUCCUCGAGAAACCAAACUACACGUACUUAAAGUCAAUAUUUCGUGGCCUAUUUCGAGCACAUGGCUACCAAAGCGAUUACAUUUACGACUGGACCAGAAAAAUUUACAGUUGA